AUGGCGGACUUCUGGUUUGGCCCCGCAGAGAUCGGCAUCGAAGCUGAUCCUGGGGCGCGCUACGCGUGCGCGUACUGCGAGGCUUGCUUCGAUGACACCGAGGAGGUCCGCGCCCAUCAGGAGCUGGGCAUCCUGCACAAACUGGUGAAAGCCGUGCGCCCGGCGCCGGGAGACCACGUGUUCACUGCAAGCUACAAGCUGCCUGCAGAGAAUCCAGAUGAAAGCAGCACUUUGUCCAUGCCCAGCUUUGAGAAUUGGUCUCUGGCAGAUUUCCCGGAGACGGCCAGCAGUCUCUUCCAGUUGCCUGAGCAUCAUGGGAUCUAUGUGGGCAAUGAUUCGGUGGUUUCCUUCGACAAAUGCUCCAGGGGCGUGCUUCUGGGGGGCUUGUGCUCGGUGGCGCUGUUGCCAACGGCGGACUUUGCCGGGGGCGCCGAUCUUCUGAUUUGGACCUACGCAGAGCGGCUUUCGCAAGAGGAGGCGGCCUGGCGCGGCUUGUGGGCGGUGGGGAAGAGCGGGUACCACUGCCAAGCCUUCAACUGCGAGCAUCUCGCCUCCUGGUGCUGCACUGGCGCCUUCACCUCCAACCAGGCCUGGUACUCUUCCUUCUACGUGGACCCCGUUUUCCCCUUUGGGUGGGCGGCAGCCAUGGCAGUGCACAGUGGUCUGGCAGCCCUGGACUCCGUGCGCUUGCUCUUGGAGGACGAGUGCUGCCCUUCCCCCGAACCUUCGGAAGCUGUUUGCGAGCAGGGCCACCGGACCUGCGGACUUUGCCUACAGCGCCACAGGCGCAGAGUGCUGGAGAUGCUGCCGAGGACGUGCAAGGCCCCGCAUGCCACAAGGAGACCCUUGUGCUGCUUGCGGCCAGCUUGUUGGCGCACUCUCAGAGAAGAGCCCGCUUGA